AUGAACGGUCUGAACUCCACCUACUCAGAUCUGAACUUUCGGAAAGAGGAACCCUGCAUCGAUGGGAGCGAAGAUCCUUCCAUUGCCUCGGGACCCGGCGGGUUGUCAACCACUGCACAAACAGCUGCACAAGAACGGGAGUCGACAGUGAAGAUCGGAAAAAGACCGUACCGUCUUAUCUGCAUAAUCUGCCUAGUUUCGACCGUCGUCAUCCUGACAGUGGCCGGUGUCUUGAUCCAUGGUCAAGCGUUUUCCCAGUACUGGAUCAUAAAUGAAGACGGGUGCUAUUUUGUAUCCACGUGUAACAGCUCCUACGUUGAGGCGAAACAGAAUUGUUCGAACUCUGAUUCAAAUCUUCUUGAAAUAAAUUCAGCAGAAGAAGAGAAUUUUGUUGCCAAAGCUGUCCUCGACCAAAACAGUUCAUAUUGGAUUGGAAAAUGCAAAGACGGGGAAGAGGCUUCGGAAGCCUUGGGCCGGAUUAACGGUGGAGACUUCGAAUGCGGUAAAUGUACAUGGCACAGUGAGAAUAAACCUUGCGAUCAGGUUCGUGCGCGCUUCAUCUGUGAGAAAUCUGCACCUUUGUGCCAAGAUAUUUCUGAAAGGAUCCAGGAUCUCUGUCAACAACCAAUGGGACCGACUUGAAUAUCAUGAUAAAACCCUCUUUCUCCACAUUUCUCUUAACCACUCACAUUACCCCUUCCGCGUCGCUGCCCGUCACCCUUACCCUAUUCUCCUGUUUAAUUCUAUCACAAUCUUACUCACCAUCUUGUGCUCUCUUUGCCCUCGUCACUAUAAAGUCUCUCUCUUAUCCAUCUCCACUCCCACCUCCUCUGUUUCAUCCUUAUUUUCUUCACUCCGCUUUCCUGCCUCCCUCUCCCCCAAUUACCUUUUCGGUUUCUGGUCUCUCCAUCGAUUCUCUACUCUGAUUCUACCCACUCUCCCCAUCCUACUGUCUCCAUUUUAUCUAAACCAACUCUCUCCUCGCUUCUGUCUUUAGCUACUCUCACCUCAAUCAUGGGUGUUAAUGUUCUCGAUACCCCAGUCCUGGGGAAAUAGAGGGCACGCUUCCGUCUUAUCUGUGCCCUCGUGGUGUUUUACACCUCUGUAUGGUCAUCGAAAAAAGCCUCAGAAUUCCCAACCUCGCUCCAUAACUCAGUCCCUCCUGUCCCGGCAGCAUCCUCGGAAAUCUCCCACUGCAAUCUUUCCAGUUCGUUGAGAUUUCUCUCAGAGCAAGGCAAGCAGAACUGAACUCCAUACUCCAAGUGCGGCCUGACCGACGUCAUCUGCAACUGCAACGUGACCUCCGACUCCCGGACUCAGUGUCCUGACUGAUGAAGGCCAGCGUGUCAAAUGUCCUGUCCACCUGUAUCGCAUCUUUUCUACCGGAUUCACGGGCUGUUUUAUUAUCUGUGUCUUAGACCACCUGAUUUUUUUUUCUUUUGAAGAAUCAGUAA